CAACUCAAUUCAACCGAUUUAAAGGCAGUAUUUUUCUAGUGUUUGAAUUCUGUGAACAUGACUUGGCCGGAUUACUCAGCAAUCCCAAUGUGAAAUUCAAUCUGGGAGAAAUCAAAGAAGUUAUGAAACAACUAUUGAAUGCUUUGUACUAUAUCCAUGCUAACAAGGUACUGCACAGAGACAUGAAAGCUGCCAAUAUACUCAUCACUAAACGGGGAAUCCUCAAACUUACAGAUUUUGGACUUGCAAGGGCAUUCAGUAAUGCCAAGGGUGCACCUAGUAAUAGAUAUACUAAUCGUGUAGUGACAUUGUGGUACAGACCACCUGAGUUGCUGCUCGGUGAAAGGAAUUAUGGUCCUCUUAUUGAUCUUUGGGGUGCAGGUUGUAUUAUGGCUGAGAUGUGGACACGGAGUCCUAUUAUGCAAGGAAAUACAGAACAACAUCAAUUGACUCUGAUAACACAUCUCUGUGGCUCUAUUUCUACUGAAGUAUGGCCUGAUGUUGAUAAGCUGGAGUUGUAUAGCAAGUUGGAGCUUCCCAAGGGACAGAAACGCAAAGUUAAAGAGCGACUAAAAGCAUACGUAAGAGACCAGUAUGCACUUGAUGUUAUUGACAAGUUGUUGUCUCUGGAUCCUGCACAAAGAUUGGACAGUGAUAUUGCGUUGAAUCACGACUUCUUUUGGACCGACCCAUUUCCAACUCCACUUACUAAAAUGCUAUCAACCCACACUCAGUCGAUGUUUGAGUAUUUAGCACCACCACGUAGACGCUAUCCAGGUGGAGCUCAGCCACCACCUCAAGGACAGCGACCCAGUACAGCCAGUGAUGCUGCAUUUGAUAGAGUAUUUUAACUACCUUUUUGUCAGCCAGGUAUGGUGAGUUUGACAGAUUUUAUACAGCAUUUACUACUUGGUAGUUGGUGUUGUCAAUUAGCACUUGUAUCUCUAUUAUUUUGGUGUAAAAUGAAAAUCUAUAAAUCAACACUGUACUGAAAUAUAGCAACAAAAAUAGUCCUUGACUUAUCUAGAACAGAAAAGAUGGAGGUAACAUUUUAAGACAUUAUUUUAUUGUCAGCUUUUCAUAUGUGUGUAGUACAUGUAACAUUAUAUUGUUGCAGAACAUGAUUUAGAUUUGCACCAAUUUAUCAAAUUUUGAAACCAAGAAUGUACUAUUAUGUAGUUGUUUGAAAUGCUGUCGUUAUCACAGUUUAAUGCAUCCAUGUCAACGACUUAAGUUUUAUUUGUUAUUUGUACAUGUUUGGGGUCCUGAUUGUUUAUUACACAUAGUAUUAAUUAAAGAGUUUUUUAAGUGGUUUAAAUGUUUCUAUUUGGAGUUUACUAUUCUUAAAAGUUCAUAUAUUUUAUACUGCAUAGAGCAGCAUAUCAUUUAUCUAAAGUAAUUUAAUCCUGUAAAUACUGUGUAAUUUUAAUCAUAAUCAGUCAGUCAUUCUUUUAUCUUGCCUUGCAUGCUUUGACUGAACUUUUUACAAAUACAAAAAUAUA